UCAUCCAAUCGUGGAGGAAGGAGGGGUUAACAGCUGAAGUUGGCUGCCACGUAUUUAACAUUCUUGCCAUGCAUCUAUCUUAAGACCAGUGUUUAUUUUGUUUUUUUUUGGAAACGCAACGAUUCGCCUUUUUGUUACAUUUAUGAGUGAAUAAGCUGUAGUUCAUGAAAAUGAUUCUCCUCUCCAUGUUGUCCACGCUGACCUCACUGUGGGUGUGUGUCUCUGGAGGGAAGCUGCCCGAGCCAGAGGUGAAAACUGAAGUUGUGCACAAACCGUUAAUGUGCUACCGCAAGACGAAGUAUGGAGACAUGCUCCUGGUUCACUACGAGGGAUUCCUGGAGAGUAACGGCACCAUGUUUCAUUCCAGCUGGAAAGAAGGGGAUAGAAAUCCAGUCUGGUUCACUCUUGGGAUCAAAGAAGUAAUCAAAGGCUGGGAUAAGGGUCUGAAGGACAUGUGUGUAGGAGAGCGCAGGAAGCUGACCGUCCCUCCAUCUCUGGCAUAUGGCAAGGAAGGAAAAGGCAAGAUCCCUUCGGGCAGUACUCUAAUUUUUGACAUUGAACUCAUGGAGAUUCGAAAUGGUCCCAGGUCACAUGACUCUUUUCGGGAGAUGGAUCUCAACGAUGACUGGAAGCUCUCGAGAAGCGAGGUGAAACAGUACCUGCAGAAGGAGUUUGAGAAACACGGAUACUCAGCUAACGACACGCAUCAUGAGGUGAUGGUAGACGACAUCUUCAAAAACGAGGAUGAGGAUGAAGAUGGUUUCAUAUCUUCGAGGGAGUUCACCUACCAACACGACGAGCUCUGAUGUCAUCUCCCUGUUUUACACUAACAGAGUUCUUGUUUAUUAAAUUCCUCCUAAAAAGAGUCAUGAAAGGAGGAAUCGUGAAUUAAGUUUGGGGCUGUUGUACGUGAACAUUUUCAAGGCCUUGUGUUUUUACACCUUUGAUCAGUAUUGUCUUAGUUUUGAUUGUCCUUGAAUGCAUCUGCUCUGUUUUUGUCAGUGUGUGUAAAGCGACAUCCAUAAUAUAUUUAUUUCCGUUGUGCCUGCACUGAUGAUGUCACCUCUAAGUUACUUAUCUCGCAGUGUCUUUUCAUUUCAUCAAAUAAAAAUAACUUGAUAGUUGUCUGAACAAUU